AUGGCGGGCAUCGGGGCGGUGGAAGGGGCGAUGAGCGACGCAAUGUUCGAGGACAUGGAGCGACAGGGGGAGCUGAGUGACUCGAUCCUGUUCAGAAUGACAUCCAUCUUCAAGAGGUCGACUCUAGAAGCUUCCCUGGCGCUGGUAGACAAAGGCUAUGUGCAGAAGAUCGUGUCCGACAGCGGGAGGUCUCUGUUCCUUGUGGAGAGCAGCCAAGAUGAUCCAUACGUUUGUUUCAAACAUUUCUGCCCCUGUCAUUACUUCUCUUACAAUGUUAUCAACAAGAUGGAAGCAUUGACCUGCAAGCAUAUCUUGGCCGCACGCAUAGCAAAUGCUUUGAAGAGGGCAGAUAUCGUGAAUGUUACCAACGAGGAAUUCAGCAAAUGGUUGAUGAAGCAAGAGCCGAUGAAGCAAUACGUCAGCCCCAACAAAUCUAGAUGA